CUCUGACUUUUCCAUCACGCAGUUUCACCCGCACGAUUUCGUGUUCAGCCUGCUCAAAUCAAAACACGGCUGCGGAUUAUUCAAUCGAAAUAAAUCGAAAAGUGCUUUCACGCGACGAAAAAAAGCUGCAAAUUAUCCAAAAAUGUCCGGUAUCGCCUGUGCCGUGGGACUAUUGGCAUCGAAGAGUAUUUUGAAUGCCUCGCAGCAGCCCGGCCGGAUCCUUCUGCAAUACACCGCAGUGCGAUUCCGGCGAAAACCGCGUUGGCUCGGAACGGCCAAAAGUAAACUGUUCCGUGUUCCGGAGCGCCACCAGCAGGUCGACGAGGAAGUGACGGAGCUCAAGCGAUUGCACAACAACUAUCACACCCAGAUGAAGGCGGUACGCCGGUUCCUGAUGGAUGAGGUUGCAGCUUCUAAGUUGAUAUCCCGUGCCGGUAUGAUUAUUCAAACUCCGGAGGAGGAAGCUGCCGAGUGGGAGGAACUGCAACGGAUUAACGAGGAAUGGAACCGGACGGUUGGGGAAGUGCGCGAAAAGAGGCUAGCCGACGAACGGGAACAGCGGAAAAACUACAUUCUGGAGCGGUUGGUGGCGAAGGAGCAGCGGGAUCAAGAGAAACGCGAACGUGUGGAGGAGAAGGUACGGCUGGAGAAGGAACUGUCCAAGAACUACAUUACGAGGGAGAAUAUCGACAAAGCUAUCGAGAUGGCCCUGGUGCAGCCGAUGAGUUACAAUUUCGCUAUCGACUUGAGUGGGAACAUUCGCAGGCAUGGAGAGGAACAAAAUGAAGAAUCCACCAAAUGAGUUUCUAUGCGUUUUGAAUAGCAGUCGCUAGUAUUGUUGAAUGUAAUAAAGCGAAUUAUGAAAAUC